CAUUUAACAAAUUGACGACAAGCAACAUGGCCACUUCACAGUUUCAAUUCGUCCUGCAAGAAAAAUGCAAGAAUAUAACACUGGUGUUGGGAUACCGCAGUCAGUGUAAAGAUCAGCGGUCGUGUACAAGGGUCUAGUCGUGUACCGCCGCGCGUGUGGAGCGGUAUCGCGUUGAGGACGUUGAGAAAGCGUCGUCGUGUACAAAUCCUAUUAAACUGACAGUUGGAAAAAUAUAACAGAGAUUAAUAAACGCUGAUGUAAAAGAAUAAUCCAGGAUUGAAUACAGAAUCCCUGUUUCUGUACAAUUUGUGCGUACCAUGUUACGCGGGUCCGAUUCGUCGCGUACGCGUGUGCGUGAUCCGCAAUGAUCCCACGGGACCAGAAGUGCGGGAAUAUACGUGUGCAUACAGGUACAAAAGAGAGAGCGUGCACACAUGCGAGUGUGAGUGUGAAUACAACAAAGCGAUCCAAAUUCCAAAUGGAAGAGACGGCGUAGGGCGGAUGGCGGCGAACAGCGAAUGCUGAGAGUUCGUUGUUCCAGCCGGGGUGAGGCUUCGCGAAUUCUUCCGUAGCUGGCUCGAUCCUGAAGCUCGAGAAUUCGAUGAGUGUUCGAAAGAGAAUUACAUUCGAAGACAGUAAAGACGAGCCCUUUGUGAGUGCGGUACGAUGCCGGUUCGGUGACCUCCUCGCGACGGACAGUCAAUUUACUGAAACGAAAUGAAUUCGCGAUUGUCUGACUCAAAUUUCUGCGAAACGACGUUCUGUUUCUCAGAAUCAAGAAGCGAUCGACGACGAACGGAUGUGAGCUUCUGAUGUCAAUGAGAUUCCGGGCAUUUAUCGCAAUCCUUAAUAAUGGAUUCCCAGACUGGUAUGUCUCGCCAUACCGGGCCAGGGCUGUACGAAUUCCUAAUGGAAGCUGAGCUGCAACAGUAUUAUCCAGGAAUCAGAGGGGAUUUAAAAGUUCAGACAACUGCACAGCUCAAGUAUGUGACCGAAGAAGACUUGAACGCAAUCGGAAUGAGUAAGCCGGAGAUGCGCAGACUUAAAAAGUAUUUCCAGAAGCAUUUCCCACAAAAUUAUUUAUCCAAAUUCAAGAAAAUGCUACUGCCUAAACGCGAGGAACAGACAUCCAGCACAUUGGGUGUGCUGCCUGAAGAGAGACAAGACCGACCUCCGAUCCGUGUUCCAAACAAGCACAUGAUACCUGCGGAUGCAAUAAUUGUAAACAAGGAACUGGGGACCGGAGAAUUUGGUGUAGUUCAGCAAGGAGUGUGGACAAACGAUGGAGAGAGGAUCCAAGUAGCAAUAAAAUGUCUCUCCAGAGAAAGAAUGCAAAACAAUCCGAUUGAGUUUUUGAAAGAAGCAGCCAUCAUGCAUGCCAUAGAUCAUGAGCACAUUGUCCGACUGUACGGCGUAGUUUUGGACACGAAUUCUCUAAUGCUUGUUACUGAACUGGCGCCACUUCGUUCCCUGCUAGAAUGUUUAAAGGAACCGAGCCUCAGAGCAAGUUUCCCAGUUCUAUCGUUGUGCGACUUUGCAAUUCAAAUAUCAGACGGCAUGCAGUAUCUGGAAGCCAAGCGGCUUAUACACAGGGACUUGGCAGCCAGAAAUAUCCUUGUCUUUUCUAAAAAUAAGGUAAAAAUAUCGGACUUUGGUCUCUCCAGGGCACUGGGUGUUGGUAAGGACUAUUACCAAACUAACUUCAAUGUUAACUUGAAGCUCCCAAUUGCGUGGUGUGCUCCCGAGUGUAUUUCAUACUUGAAAUUCACCUCAGCCAGUGAUGUGUGGGCCUAUGGUGUAACCCUCUGGGAGAUGUUCAGCUAUGGUUUUCAGCCGUGGGCUGCUCUCACUGGCCAACAGAUUCUCGAGGCAAUUGACGAGCCAAACUUCCAAAGACUAGAACAGCCCGAGUGCUGCCCAAAAGACUAUUUCUUAUUAAUGGAGCAGUGCUGGCAGCAUGAACCUGCAAAGCGACCAAAAUUUUCCGAGCUCACACAUUUACUGCCGGACCUCAAGCCUGAACAAGUGCAAGCAGUUCAGGAUAGUACUGAAGAAAGCCAGCUGGUUUUUCGGCAAGGAGACGUGCUCACAGUUCUGGAUAAAGGGACAUUGUCGGGCAACGCCAAUUGGAAAGGAGUUCUAGCUAAUGGAAAAACGGGCUUCUUUAAUCCGGCACAUACAAUAGCUUAUCUGGGAUCAAACUUGCCAAGUAAUAAAAUGGGGGAGUUCACACGGGGUGAUGGCAAGAAUGCGUUUUCCUCUCAGCGCAAGAAGAUACGGCCAGACAUGAUAUCCUCGCCUCAAGGCGAUCUCAAGCACACUGGACAUGUAGGGCUGGACGGAGCUUAUUUUGGGGAUGUUAGCUUUCUUGGAGGAAAGUAUCCUCAUCUUCCUAGGCAAGUUGUCAAUCCGUACAAACCCCACGAAGAUGUUACGGACAGCUAUGGCCAAAUCACUGAAGAAGGAAGUGGGUCUGAACUGGCGAGGAACUCGGCAAGGGAUAGCAGGGACAUUCAACAUUUCCAUGCGGAUAUGAUUCAUAGUAAGCGCGUUCUGAUGUUCCCAGACAAUCCAUGGUCGGAUACCGCUUCUGAUAUUUCUCAUCUUGGGACCCCGGUAGCGGGUACAGGCAAGGCGCCAUCUGUGACUAGUGGGACGACUGAUGUGCUGAGCUUAGCUGGGCUGGACCAUGAAUACCAUGAGAUUAGCGAUGAAGAAAGUCACGACAGUCCUCUAAGAUUUGACAAGCCACUUAAUUUCGACUUUGGACCAAGUUUGCUGGAUGAAAUGGACCAGAUGUUUAGAUCCUUGGGCUCUUCUCCACCACCACCACCACCACCACCACCACCUCCAGCUCAUCCAUUGCCAAGUGAACACGAUUCAAGUAACGUAAGAAACGAACUUCGAGAAAUUCAGUCAAGGCAAAGUGGCAAAAAAAAACAGGCCACCGUGAGUCCUAUAAAUGUGAAACCAAUAUCAGCAGCGGACCAAAGAACUCUAUACUCCGCAAUAGCAAUGGCACAGGAAUUGACUGCUCGCUCAAUGACUGAUCUUGAACAUCCACCCGAAUCUCCAAGAACGCCGGUCAGCCCUUCAAGACGCAGAAAGUUUUCAUUCAAAUUACCGCAUCAGCACAGCCCAAAGCCUGACCGGCGACACUUUGCAGAGGAGGCUGCCAGUAUUCCAGACAUACAGGCGACACUUUCGGACGAGGCGAAAGAAGUUUACAACAGCUUGGUCGAGACUCCUGUCGUAGACACUGCAACGGAUGCUAAUCCAUUACGAAUGCUUCGCUCGGGAUUACCGAUAGUGCGGCAAACCAGAUCUCGAGGAAACAAACACCAUGCUACUAUGGGUCACCAUCCCGCUCACUCCUUAUCUGAGGAAAACUCGACUAACCAUAACAGUCUUCAGUUUGACCUUCUGCACCACAGUGGUGCGAAAACAUUGCCCAAAAUUCGUGGCCCGCCGCCCUCUGUACAACCACCUCCAGUACCCACAACAGCAGCUGUGUCGGCAAACAGGACUAUUGGCAGGCAUUAUUCUGUAUCAGAGAUAGAAAAUAACCGCAAUAGAAGCAAUGUUGAGGAAAAUCCGAUACCAUUGCCGCCAAGAGAUCGAUCAAAAACGUGGCAGCCAAAGUCCAGUCUUGCUAGGCAUCAAAGGAAGCACCCAUUGAUUAUUCCUGGUGGCGGAGUUACUAGAACACUUGCUAAGGUUGCCGCAGUUACAACACCACCCUGUGAUGAGGACCAUGUUGAUGGUUCAAAAAUUUUCCAGCUGCAAAAUGCACCUGUCAUUGUAACUGAGCACAGGAAUUUGGUCUGUAACGUUCAGGAAGAUAUCGAUCAUUUGCUUGCCCCUGCCCCUGCUAAUAGCCCUGAGGAAUUCGAACAGCGGAUCGACUCUGAAUUAGCAGCUUUAGAUUCUCUACCUUUCGAGGAAAACAAGCUGCAACGCUACAGUGUCAUUUCCGAGGACCUUCUAGAAUUUUCCGAUAAUUUGAUCGACUGCGAUUCUGCUGAAGUUGACCCUGUGGGAGUAAAAAACGUCAGCCUUGAUUCUGCAGAGGAUUCCUUGAUCUCCUUCCCGCCAUUGAGUACUGGAAAAUCAGAGUCACCAAUCGAAGGAUCUACAGUUAUCCCAGUUCCAGUUACCCCAAUUGAACCGAUUACUUCUUCCAUAGAUAGGGUGACCGAGACUGGAUGGGCUGCUGGAGUUCAUUCAAGCGCAGGUGUGGGACGAUGUACCACCACGGCCAGGAUAGGAAAGAAGAAUCAUGCGGUGCAGGACAGUAGUUUGCUCGUGUUUUCCGAGCCUAUAAUAAGCGGAGAAUUGAUUAGCAGUGAUUCUGGGAACGCAGUAAAUUCUGAAAACUCUGUAAAUGCUGUAAACUCCCAUCGAAAGAUUUCGCAAGAGAGAUCGUCGGCGUCUUCCUCCUCAUCCUCUUCCGUCACAAGGACCAGCGAUCUCUCGCGUCAGUCUGAUCACGUAUCGUGCGAAGAUUUGUUGGAAUUUGCGUGCGACGGUCCAAACGUUCGCCGAACACGGGGACCUCGCAACGGAGAGCAAUCGGAUGAGGUCAGAAUAAUGAUGAAAGUGUUACACGAACAAUCAACACCCGAGUCAUGCGUCGAGGCAUUGAACGUGUCAGAUUGGGAUGUUCUAGCAGCUAUAAAGCUCGAAAGACUCCAAGGGUUACUCAGAAAGGAGAACAACUUUGUCAGGCUCGAAGAUUGCAAAGUUAUGUUGGGUCAGUGUGGCGGCGAUGUUGUAAAAGCUGCGGCUUUGCUUAGAACUACAGAAGAUACCGCUGCUGUUUGAUACUGACCAGUCUAUAUUUUGUUCAGCUUACAGGAAGUGAUUGGGUUAAAAAGAUUUUGUUCUGAAAUUUAUUUAUUGCUUUGAUUUAGUUCUGUAUUUUCCUAAGUCGUUUUCAAAGCCAAAAAUAUUUCUAUUGUUAAUUACGACUGCAUAGAAUCCUGUCAAAUAUGUUGAAUAUUUUAUUUUGUGUUCCUCAAUUUCAAUAUGUACUAAUUUGUCUUUGACGUUUAUUACUUUCCUUUUCAUCAUUUCGAUUUCAUUAUUAUAAUGUAGUGAUGAAAUUAUGUCAUCAUCAGUUCCAAAAUAACUUUGUUUCCAUAAUCGGCCUAUGCCAAUUAAGUUGGAAAAUUGUGCUCUCUCGGCUAGUUUUUUUUUAUGUUACGAAUUGAGAAUUUGGCACUAAGUAAUCUCAAGUACUUAGCGCUGCUAAAAGCCUAAUUAUCGAGUUGAACUGUUGGUGUGAGAUUAAGAAGUAUCGAUGUCUCAAGUUGAUAUAGAAUCACGGCUUUGUCUUCAUUCAUUGUUGAGACAGUGUUGAUCAUUACCUGCCAGUCAAUCGAACUUCCAAAAACGUAGCACCUUAUCCGGUCUAAUAAGUACUGGGGAUGCUGACUUUGUAGCAGUUGUACAUAAUUUUAUAAAUUCACUUUGUAGCAGGAAUUCAGAACGCAUUUACGUGACAUUUUAGAGAUCAGAGACGUAAGUCAUUGCGCUCACACAUGAAGAUGGGAGGCACUUUCUACAAAUGCAAUAGUCUUCUACUUUUAUUGUUUGCAUUUAGAAAAUAUCCUGCACUCUACUGCGGAACGAAACGUGUACUUAUGUAAUGCUUGCUUUUGUACUUAAAAAUCGUGGUAUUGAUUCGGCUCGUCCUAUACCAUUAUAUUAUUUUGAGAUGUCGCUAAAGUUUGGAAGAAAUCCGGAAGUAUAUGUAUAAUCAACGCCCUAUGGGUCGCGGGUAGAGAUAUAAAAUAAAUUUAAGUUACAAAUCAUUAUUAUACAUAUACUACCAAUUAAUGUUCUGCCCAAUACCCCUGAGUAAUUGUCAAACCAUUUUUAUAUCUAUAAUUUUUAUACAUGAUUAUAUUAAUAUUUAUAUACAUACAUGUAUAAUGUAUAUACGUAUAUAUAUCUACGUUGUACAAGAACGGAGAGAUGUUUUAUAUCCAUUGAAUUUACAAUAAUAUAUACCUGAAAUUUCAAAGUUUGCCUACAAAUAUA